AUGAUGUUCGAGGGAGUUUUGAGCUGGUUCCGCCCUGCGGAAGCCGAGGUUGUGCAGGAGACCAGCUGGGAUCCCGUUACCUUGACCAUGGUCCAACCCAAGAGUCCGGUCGCUCCCACCACAGAUGAGAUUGUCACCGAUCAACCGAUUCUCGGCGAAGGGAUGGACUUGCGACUCCGCGGUGGUGACAGUGCUGAGGACGGGUAA